UCAGUCAAACGAGAAACGCGUCAGCGUGCGGUUCUACUAGAAGAGCGAAGUUUACGAAUUUGUUUACAAUUUAAAUAUUCACAAGAACAUCAAUUUUUUCGGGCAGUAAAAAAUACACAUUUACAAUGGCUGCAAACAAGUUGUGCUGCACUCUGGCUAUCGGAGCUCUACUGUGCCUCGGCUUUGCCGCUUUGAUACAAGCCCAGGACAAGCCCGUCACUGAUGUGUGCUUGGGCUGCAUCUGCGAGGCCAUUAGCGGCUGCAAUCAGACUCGUUUUUGUGGCGCCGGCGUCUGCGGACUGUUUCGCAUCACCUGGGCCUAUUGGGCGGAUGGCGGCAAGCUGACCCUGGCCAACGAGAGUCCCCAGUCAGAAGAUGCCUUUGCCAACUGCGUGAACGAUCCGUACUGUGCAGCUAAUACCAUACAGAACUAUAUGACAAAGUUUGGACAAGAUUGCAAUGGAGAUGGAGGCAUUGAUUGCUACGAUUAUGCGGCUAUCCACAAGCUAGGCGGCUAUGGCUGCAAGGGCGAACUGAGCUAUCAAUAUCAGAGUGCGCUGGACAAGUGCUUGACCACCUUCUCGCCCCUCGAUGUGCGCACAUCGGGAUAAGCUAUAUACACAUAUGAUCUACGACAGUAUGUUUUAAUUAUUUAUAUGCAGAGCUACAAAUUGGAAUUUGUAUAUUUAAUCACUUUGAAUUGUGCAAAUACCCUUUGAAAAGUACA